AAAGAAGAGGUCGUUUAAAAAAUGAUAUAUUGUCUUUCAUGAUUGGUUGGAGACAGAAUUACGUACACUAAUGAACGUGGCUAUCAAAAAUAUGAUUUGUCGAAGAGAGUUUCGAUGAAUUAUUACGUCUUCCUUAUUCCACUAAUCUUUGCAGGUGUACUGAUGGGUAUAUCAAAUUGUUUUGCUACAAUACCAGGAAUAGUAAGCCCAACAAUAACAGGACAGAUAACAACUCAAAAAACACAAGAAGAAUGGAAGACGGUGUUUUUUAUAGCAGCUGGGAUCUAUUUUGUUGGAGCUAUCUUUUAUGGUCUAUUUGCUUCAGGAGAGAAGCAAAAUUGGGCUUCUAUACCAAGUGCUUACUCACCUGUCAAAGAAUCUAAAUCUUCAGAAGAUAUACCUUUCAAAAAAUAAACAAAUUCUCAUCUAUAUUUCUCUCUCUACAUAUUUAUUUUACUUAAAGAUAUAAACAUAUCAAAAAUUAAAUUAAAUAUAUACCUCUUAAUUUAAGAAAA